AUGGCAAGCGAGGCACUUACCAAGAAGAGAAAGUCUCAAGAUGACGACAAGCCUGUGAAGAAGCAGAAGAAGCAAAAAAAGGUGCGGGAGGACGAGGGCGACUUGGACAUGGACGCGGGGUUGAACAGAGCUUUUGAGCGGAUGGAUGGUCAACUGCUUGCCGACCACAUCGCACAGAAGACACGCCGCUUCGGGACAGAUUUGAGCACGGUCGAGUUGUCUGAUUUGUACAUAUCGCCAAAUGCGAUCAAAGAUACCACUUCGUGGGAGAAGACUCGGUCGCUGGAGAACCUACCGGACUUUCUAGAAGCGUUCUCCGGUGACUCAGACAAGCUCAAUGAGGCGCCUAAGAAGUGUGGCUCACCACAUACCAUCAUAGUAGCAGGUGCUGGUCUGCGAGCUGCGGACCUCGUUAGAGCGGUCAGAAAAUUUCAGAAGAAAGGCAGUCCCGUGGCAAAGCUGUUUGCCAAACAUUUCAAGCUCGAAGAGCAGGUUGCGUUCCUUCAGAAGACACGCACCGGUAUCGCGGUCGGCACACCACAGCGUCUGAUCGAUCUCAUUGAAAAUGAUGCUCUCUGCCUCGAGAAUCUGAGAAGGGUCAUCGUCGAUGCUUCGCAUAUCGACCAAAAAAAGCGAGGCAUCGCGGAUAUGAGGGAAACCAUGAUGCCGCUUGCCAGGCUACUCUGCAGGAGUGACUUGAAGGAAAGAUACACAGGUGCAGUCACAGUCCGGCAUGUGGAUUUGAUCUUCUAUUAGACUCCCAGUAAUCCUACUAGCACGGCGUCUCGAGCUGUCUCUGCUUGUAUAGAUACCACUAGAAUGAUCCACAGCGCUUCUGGUCCUCGGAAAAGGUGUCUAACAUCGCAGUCAGUGCUGCUUUCUUCCCGGUCCCUCCAUCAGAGGAAUGUCAUGUUUCGGCUC